UCGCAUCUUCAUGGCUGACCUGGCCUAGCCGUUUCCACUUUGUUUCUAGAUCAACAUCUCUGCCAAAUCAGAAUCUCGAAUAGCACAUCAGAGUCAUCCGGAUCCGUGCCUUUUCCAGCUACUUGAUCCUCGGCGCCUACGCUUACAGGAAUUUGACACCCCAGUCCGUUCUUUCUGGCGUGUAGUUGAUCAUGGGAGUGACUCGGGCCUAUCUUCUGGGCUCGGGAUCUUGCCCUGUAUCAUCAUCCCGCCUUUUUCCUCCCAGUGUUCAUCUCUAGUUGCUCUGUCCUAGAGAUGAACCAUGAGAAAUCGGGAUCAUUUCAAAUACGGCCUGAUUCUAGGAAUCAUUGUCUGCUGCUCGGCAGCAUUGACCGCCCUUGACAAUGUGGCAAGUGCAGAGUCUGCCGAGACUGGGCACAAUCCUAUCAAGUCAUGGCCACACCAUCAUCCACCCGUGGUCGCAAGGCGUCCGGUCAGCGGCCAUGAAGAUCUUGGCUCGCAGCCCGUGUUAACGACCGUGACCUCGCCGAUCAGUGCCGCAGUGGUAGCAGAGGCAACCCCUUCACCUUUCCCGACAACGGCACCCACGACAAUCAACCCCAUUAUCGAAACAAUAAGCUCCCUCAGCAGUGCCCUCGAAGAAGCUGAGUCGAAUGCCAUAUACAUCUCAAGCCUCCUGGCGACAUCCAUCAUAGGGCUUCAGGAGUCGAUCGAUUACCUUACCUCGUCAGCUUCCAGUGCUUUGGCAUCAGUUCAAGCCUCGGCCUCAAGCGCAAUAGCGUCGGCCGAGGAAUCGGCUUCCAAUGCCGUGAUAGCUGCAGAACGUUCAGCCUCGAGCAAAAUGUUGGAACAAGGGGAGUUGGUUACGGUCACGGUCACAGCAACCGUUGUCUCAGUUACAACAGACGCCGUAGGAUCGACCAUAACGGUAGAUCCAAAUUCGACAAUAGCCCAGGCUCAAAACGAUCUCGACAUCAAAGCUGUGCAAGGAGCCGCGUCAUCGGUCAACAGUGCUGCUAUAGCAGUUGUCGUCGCCAUCAUUGGUUCCUCUGUGCUUUCUCUCGCCGGCUUCUACCUCUUCGUGAGAUACCGAAAGAGGAAGCAAAAACAAAAAGAAGAAGAAGAGCAGAACGUAAGCGAUGCGCUUGACCGCGCCAUCGUCAGCUAUAUCGUCAAAGACCAGGCCAGCCCAACAAAAGACGGGGACCCUUUUAGCCCGACGGGGCCACCAGAACCCAUCCACUUGGAGACUAUCGAAGAAGUUCAAACACCACCUCCAGCCCAAGGACCACAGCCACCUCCCGUUCGACGGCCCUCGCAAGCCUAUCGUCCGCCGCAGACACCACAAACGCCCCAGUUUGAGGCACCACCCGACAUUUCCCCACGAAGAAUCGGACAGGCCGUCAGCAAAGACUAUAGUUAUAAUAGUGACAUCCUCCUCCCAUCGCCUGGUCCGCCACCAACUUGUCCCCUGCCCACUCCACCAGCAACAAAAGACAUCAGGAGGAACAUCUCGAUACGGUACGCUCCCGAGUGCAAUAAAAGCGUAUACGGAGACAUACUGACUCGGCCCCUGGAAACCGUGCCUACCAACACGUCGGUGAUGAGCGGUGCGAGUGGUGGAUACCCACUCGGCCAUGCGAGGACUGUGUCCUCGACCGUUGCGGGAAGUAUUGGUGUUAUUGGGAGAAUGGGUAGUAGCGCAUCUGCUCCUGCACACGCGCGUGGACCAUCGACUUCUUCGAGGCGGAGAGCGGCGACUACUGGGAGUGUGAGAUCGCAGGGUCAGGGCAUGGUGGAUCAACAACAACUGCUACAACAGCAACAGCAGCAGCCGGGAAGAAGAGACGAGAGGAGGGAUUGGAAUUGGCCGUUGCAGAAGAACGGGUUCGUAUGAUUUAUAUCGAUGUGGAAUGAGGAUGUCGGCGCUUGGGUGUUUCUAGGAGUCUUUGGGUUGCGCUCCCGUCCGUAUUAGUGGUGGCAUUCGUAGAACUGAAUACAACCGAUGGUGGUGUCGCUGUCAAAUGAAACGAAAGCAGGGCACCUGCAGAAGGGUUAGGGUUGAACUAGUCUACGACAAGCAGGUUUGAGCCACCGCAAAUGACGUGGCUGAUGUGAGGGUAGGCAGUUGGCCCAAGCAUUUCUACCAUGAAUCCCAGUUGAGCUCUCCAAGAAUGACGCAGGCGGCAACAGCACUGAAGCUUUGGGGGAAGCUGCCAGUGGUCACAUCGCGAGAUGCAACCACCUGAACUGGAUCAAUCACCAAGUCCAAAGAAUAUGUUGACACGACAGC